GAACAGACGGCAUACGUACUAGUAGGUUCAAACUUUUUUUGCAGUUGUAGUUUCUCUAAACCUUUCACUUUGUUGCAACUGGCAGUCAAUACGGAAGAGUUGUGCUUUUGGGAUCUACACGUCUGUUGCAAACAGGUCUUUAUGGGAAAAAAUUAUGGAAAGAUUCCAAAACUGAAAGAUAUUGCCCCAUUUGUCGAUACUCUGUGGACAACCGAAGGUGGAUGCUUCAUCCUGGAUAAAAACGGAUGCAUAUACUCAGUUGACAACGAGUUCGCUGUAGAACGGGUCGUGGAAGUAUCCUUUCAAGGAAAGAACGUUCCUACAAUUUCGUGGUAUAAAGGAGGUUUAGUAGUGGCUGGGCCGGAUAACAACCUAAGACAUUACAAAAAAUCUGGAGCUUGGACUUGUGACUGGACUAUUCCUCUAGAAGUUGGACUGAACUAUAUGAUGAACAACAGAACAGACUAUCUGAUUGCUAUCGAUGCUAAUAACGAUAUUGUGAAAAUCAGUAAUACAGAUGGUUUAACUUAUUUAAAGCCAAGUAUGUGCGGUAUCACAGAUUUUUGUUUGGUGAAUCCUGUGGGAGAAUAUAUUGUAGCGCUGAGAAAUGGAAAAUUUCUGACCGUUUUCGAAGUGGAAACGGGAAAAUCAAUAUCAAAUUUCACCCUCCAAGGUGAAGUUGUGAAACUGAGAGGAAAUAAUUAUUUUCCUUAUCUGGCGGUCGGAUAUGACAAAGGAUAUAUGGAAUUGAUAUCUACUUAUAACCAAGAGAAACUCUCUGUGUUGGCGUCUUUCCUUUUGGGUUCUACUCCUAUUCAGCAAGUGAAAUUUUUCGAAGAGGGCAGGAUAAUCGUUGCAGGAUGUUUAGAUGUGGGCGAUAUUUUUGUCAUCGAGGGAAUUCCUGGGACCCAUAUGAAAGUCAUCGCUCACGUAGAAGUCAAGCGUCAAAUUGUCGACUUACGAAAUGAUUUUUCGGAAUAUUAA